AUGGUUGCAAGGCCAUCUCUUGUUCUGGGGGUCUGUGAUGCAUUCAACGUCAGCUUGGGAGGCAAGCUCAUCGCCACCGUGCCUUUACCCAGCGUGUCCCAUCUGAAUAAUGCUUUCACCACGUAUGACCCCGGGGCCUGUGAAGAGCUGCGCUCUGUGUGGAGCUACCCGAGCACACAUACUCGCGACAGCGCCUCUCCGAUGGCACCUUGGGUUGGAAACUUCUCCUGCGAGCCGUUCCUGGAUGCACGCACCCCUUGCCAGAUUGGGCCCCUGGUGCGCUACUCAGUCAAGGCGACCAGUGUCCGGGAUUACCAGCAGACUAUUCAAUUCACCAAACAGCACAAUAUCCGACUCGUGAUACGCAACAAUGGUCACGAUUACUUGGGGAAAUCUUCCGGAGUAGGGGCGGUCGCACUCUGGACUCAUCAUAUGAAGGAUAUCGAGUUUUCAGACUAUACCUCCCCGCACUACCGCGGUCGGGCGAUCAAGGUUGGGCCUGGACUGCAGGGUAUUGAAGCAAUGGCGGCGGCGCAUGCUCAGAGCAAUGUGCUAGUGGUAGGAAACUGUGAAACCGUGGGAGUGGCGGGAGGAUACUAUCAAGGAGGGGGUCACGGUCAAUUAGCCUCCUGGCUUGGGUUGGCAGCCGAUCAGGUGCUGGCCUGGGAUGUUGUUACCGCUGCCGAUGAGGUUAUAACCGCCACGCCGACGCAGAAUCCAGACCUGUACUGGGCACUGAGCGGCGGUGGUGGCGGCACGUACGGGGUCGUGAUCUCGAUGACCAGCAAGGUCUAUCCCGAGCUCCGCACCGCGACUGCCAACUUGACCUUUUCGAUCGAUCCCCAAUUCUCACCACGGUUCUGGGAAGUGGUACAGAUCUUUGUGGCGGGAAUUCAACCGCUGACCGACAUUGGCGGCGUGGCCAUCUGGGAACUAACCAACAGGACAUUCGUAGUAUCCCCCGUCACAGUCCCUGGUGGCACACAGGCACUCUUGCAGACCUGGCUACAGCCUACCUUGGAACUCCUGGUUCGGUAUCAAAUGAGCUUCAACUAUACCAUCCAUGAAUACACCACCUUCUACGAGAGUUACAGGGAAAUGAACCGGUCUAGCAACGUAACCGAGUACCAGAUCGGCGGGCGCUUGAUUCCACGGUCGACGGUAGACAGGAGUCUCAGCAAGCUGUUUCAUGCUCUCCAAACUAUCACCGAACAUGGAGCUGUCGUGUCUGGGGUGUCAUUGAACGUCUCCCGCACCCCCGUCCCGGAUAACGCGGUUAAUCCGGCCUGGCGCGACACAGCUAUCUCCAUUGUCAUUGCCAUGCCGUUUGACUACCACAACCGCACUGCGAACCGGAUGAGCCGAGGAUUAAUCACCAGCACCCUCCUCCCCUUGCUUGAGGAGCUGACCCCAGGAAGUGGCGCCUAUCUCAACGAGGCUGACAUCGACCAGCCCAACUGGCAAUCCACAUUUUAUGGAAGCAACUACGCACAACUAGCCGCUAUCAAGCUCAAGUACGACCCCGAUCAUUUUUUCUACGCUCGCACGGCAGUUGGGAGUGAGUACUGGGUCGAGUCGGUGGAUGGGCGGUUGUGUCAUGCGGUGUGA